AUGCCAGUCCCUGCGCGAGGAGGGGGGAGCGUAUGCGGGAGCAGCUGGACUCCCUGUGUCUCCAUCCGCUCACCAGCCGGGGAUGAGAGAGCCCAGCUCAGGAGAUCUGAUGAAGUGGAGCGCUGCAUCAGUGACAUCCUAGACUCUCCUGUCCAGGACCCCCAGACUGCACUUACCCCUGCUGUUCACAACAAGACUGUGGAUUUGUUUGAAAUGAUUGAAAACAUGCAGGGGAGUCGUCUGGAUGAGCAAAGAUGUUCUCUCCCAACUCCGCUCAAGAGAGAAGAGGAGUAUAUCCCAUACCCCAGCAUCCAUGAGGUGUUACGGAAAGGGUGGCCAUACCCCCUCAUUAUCCUACCCCAGUUUGGGGGCUAUUGGAUUGAAGGAACCUGCCAUGGCCUCCCCAGCUCGACCUCAGCUCUGCAUGACCUGCCUUCCCCCUGCAGCAGUAAAGUGAAGCUAGAGUGUGACCCCACGGCCAAGCUGUACCGCAAGCACUUCUUGGGGAAGGAGCAUCAGAACUUUUACUCCAAUGACACAACCUUGGGCUACCUGGUCCUUUCUGUGAAGUAUGAGCAGAUUGAGAGGCAGGACAACUUGCACCUGCUGCUGAGGACUCGAACUGGUACCAAACAUGACCUGAUCCCCAUUUCUUGUCUGAAUGAGUUCCCCAAUGCAGUCCAGAUGGCGAAGGUUUCAGUAACAGCUCGAGAUGACGUCCCCUUCUUCGGACCCCCUCUCCCAAAUCCAGCCAUAUUUAAAAAGGGUCCAGAGUUUCGUGAAUUCCUCUUGGCUAAGCUAAUCAAUGCUGAGUACAGCUGCUACCAGGCUGAAAAGUUUGCCAAACUAGAGGAGCGGACUCGCAGUGCCCUCCUAGAGAGCCUUUUUGAGGAGCUGCAGCUCCAUAGCCGCAGCAUGAUGGGCCUGGCCUCUGGGGACGAUGACAAGAUGGAGAAUGGGGGUGGUGGCUUCUUUGAAAAUUUCAAGCGGGUGAUCCGAGGCCGCAGCCAGAGCCUGGAUACCAUGGGGAUAGCCAUGAGGAAACAACAGCAGCCGGCAACCCCGCCCAGCCGCCCGGCUACUGCCGGCCUUGCUCUCAACCAGAGUGUCGCCGAGGGCACCAAGGCUAUUGCUGCGUCCUUCGCCCUGCCUGGGAGGAGCCCAUCACGCACCCGAGGCAGCCACUUCCACGGGCGUCGCAGCAGUGCCAUUGGCAUUGAGAACAUCCAGGAGGAGAAGAGUAGGGAUGUUGCUGACAGAAUCCAGAAGGUGCUGGAGAGUCCAGGACCCUUUUUUGACCUGAAGUCUGAUGGCUCCUCCAGUCCCAGUUCCCCAGAGUUCCCAAACAGGAAGAACAAAACCCUCUCCAAUCAAACCUUGGGAUAUUGUGCGAUGCAGCCACUCUCACGCUCCUCAUCCAACGUGAGCAGCUGCUGUAGUGGAGUGAGGGAAAAUGAAACAUCUGAGGAAGAGGAGAAUGAGACGGAGCUGAUGUGCUCUCUUGAGGUUCCUCAGAAGCGGGAUUCCCUGGUUCAGAGUGUGUGGCUGGAUGACAGUGUGGGCACACCCAGUAGUGCUAGCUCACCAGUAACCCGACUGCUCCCUUCUAGCAACACUGCAGGCUCCAUGGAGAAGGGGAAAGGCAGCAAGGCAGAUGCUCAGCGUUACAGCCCGGCCUCCAUUUUGUGUUGUGUGUGAUGUCAUCGCUGGAGGGGUGUCACGGUGCAUGCUGGGUAAUGCACAGGAUUUGCUGCUGAAGUGAAGGGCCUGGCUACUCCUUACCUUAGAGAUUCAGAGGAGAAAAGCUGGAUUCCCAAGACUGCUGGCCCUUCUGCUUCCUCCAGUGAUGGUUGUGUCAAAAGCAACCAGAAAACCACCACGAAACCAAAUGUGGCAUUAAUUCAUCCAAGUAUAUCAUUCCAGCUCAGCCACCUCUGGGGCCAGGAACAAGCUAUUCCACUAGGGGAUUUCCAUCCACCAGUGGAGGAGAGAGCGUGAAAAGGGAGCACUUUCAGUUUGUUUUUAUUCCUGGUAUAAAACUUUCCCCAUUGAGUCCAGUGCAGAAGGGUUCAGAUAGCCUGUUCAUGGUCUUCUCUUCUUGGGAAGGCAGCACUUAAGAGUCCAUUCUUGAGGAGGCAGAGAAAUCCAGUUCACGAUUGCUGCCCCAUGAAUUGACAUGGAAUUUGCCAUUGACCUCCAAGGUCAUUACUGUAACCCUGUCAUUAAAGAGAGGCCCAGGCCCUGAACCCAUUGAGGGCUAUGCCUGUCCCCUCAGAAUGUGUGUACAUGAAGGUCUCUCCUUCCCCCAUCUUUCAUCACACUGCAAACUUAGUGUAGGAAACACUGUCUUUUUACAGUAACUGAUGAGUUCCCCAGCCUUGUCCUUGAGGAUUUCAUUUUCCCUCUGUAUCGUCUCCCUUUUCUCUCUCUGCCCUCCGCUCUCUGUACCUUGCAGUAGAAGGAUGUGUAAAUGUGAAUCUCUGACCCUCGCUCCAUGCUUGUGGUGUCUGUGUGGCAUCUUGGCUUGCAAUAAAAGGAGAUUGUGACCAACUGACCCUGGGCGCUGUGAGGCUGUUGCGCUCAUCUUCACGCUACAGUCCUCUAGAAAUGCUCAUGAUGCUAGGCCAGUGUUUAUUUUGUUGUCAUUGCAGGGGCGGGGGGGGGGGGGGGAAGACAGGUGUGAAAGGAGGAGAGAACGAGAGCUUGCUCUACCCACGGAAGGUGACUUCUCACAGUGCUAGUCCCCAAUUCCAAAGCAACAGUCUUUCCCCAACCCUGGUAUGUGUCCCGUCCCCCAGAUUGCCCAGGAGAUUUUUCAUCAGUCACCCAGGCUGUUCUGGCUCCCAGCCAAGUCACACUCAUGCCAGGGAGAACUGUCUCCUAGCCCAAACAUGUUCAGCCAAGGAGGUGGUGACUCCUAGAGUUGAGAUACUUAACAUAUCUCCCUAACCAAGCUGCUAGGAGUUCUCUCUGCCAGCCAAGACACUAGCACAGCUCUUACUUCAGCACAAGCACAGCCCCACCCAUCAAGGCUUCUUCCAGCUUAGCCCCUACUGGGGGUGACUGUGUUACCUGGGAAAGUAAUAGAAAUAAUCAUGUCAGUCUUCAGUCCCUGCUUUUCUCUCCCCCUCACACACAGAGGUACA